AUGUCAAGCCACCUCAGCCCAGAGUCACGUCCGACUGAGGAACAAGACAAUCUUCGAGUGUUGAACCGAUCGCCUCACCCGUAUCAUCAUCAGAGCUCUGAACUUCCCCAUCCUUCCGAGCAGCCAACCUCUCGCCGCCAAGGGACAGCGUCUUCGAGAUUGGGAAGCGAUUCGAACCAGCCAUCGCCGUCCGUUCCACCCACCUAUUCCAAGGAGUCGACGCCAGCGAGCGAUAGCGGCACAGAUGCUGACGACGAGCAUUUCCUCAAAGGCUUGCCGCCUCCCAAGCUGCGACCUCAUAAAGGGCUGAGAGGGAAAAAUGAAGUCAUAUCUGGCACAUCGACACCGGUGCUAUCGCCUGCCGUGCUCCAGGAGCCAGUGCCCGCAGCUGGUCGCAAGGCAUCGCUUGGCGGCAAAAAGAGCGAAGAUAAAGCUACAGUGCCAGAUGCUAUCCGACGGAGGAAGAUUCUAGUGCAACGAGCCCUCGAAGCUGGCAUUAUCAUCACUUUGGCUAGGAUGAUCCAAGCAAACAAGCUGCUGUCGCCUGUAUUAGAUACUUGGCGCAAAGACUAUUAUCUAUUCAGCGCUUUGUACGGAGGACUGCUCUUGCUCUACCCCUUUCGAGUCGUGCUAUGGGGCUACAAGCUUCAGAAGCCGUCUUCAAGCUUGCCAUUGAAGCUCCCUACAGCUUUCGAUCCCGCGCCUCUCCUCUAUCCUCCUUCGAUUACGAUAUUUGUGUCGCUAUUAGUUUCCGUCAACUGCCCGGCAGCCAUCCUUCCGAACCUCAUACUGAGCAUAAGCUCAAUUCCUCAGCAAGUGAUACCCAAAUUCGACCAGUACGCAGCGUACGACUCUCUUCACUGGGCUCUGUCAUGUCUCCCCCUGAUUUGGCGAUCCCCUCUUUCAGAUGGCUCUCGAUUUACACCGACGUACGCUUUUCUUACUCAAGAAGAUCUUGCCUUGCUGUAUCCUUUGCAUAGAACGGCAUGUGCUGUAUUACACCAUCUUACUACAACCAGUCUCCUGACCGCUGAACUUCAGCUUCUUUCGAUUGCUUUGAUCAACGUCUUGCUUCUAGCGUCUUCACCUCAGAUUCAGAUUCUAAAAGCUUUGUUGUGGGGUGGCGGUUUAAGCCUACUUGUACUAUGUGGCGCCGUGAUUAGAUGGGGGAUUGUGUUGGCAAGAGUUCCCAAGUGGCGAUUUCGAAGAGAGCCACAUCCCCCAAGGCGUCCAUUUUGGAAGUCUUUGGUCAGGGGAUUGUCUUGGCAGAAAUUCAAGAGCGAGAUUCUGGGCUCACCUCUGGAUCAACAGAGCGACGAUGCGCUCUUCUCAACCGAUGAGGACGAAGACGACAUGCGGUUUAGCGGCCCUACCAGAGUCCAAACUAUUGGUGCAGCAGAGAAGUCAUCUCUUGACACAUCCGCCGAAAACGGGUGGAAAACAGGCGGAGUUUCCAGAAGAUAUACAAUUCCUCACAUGGAUAGAGCGUCUCGCAAAAUAGCAACGCACACUCCAUCUGGAAGGAGGAAACGCACGGCAUCCGUGUCUAUUCGUGCAUAUUUCAAGUUUACGCCCGCACAGGCAGCGAUGAGAAAGUGGGUGUACGCAGGCUAUGUAUAUGUGUGUUUAGCAGUCAUCAUAGUAGCAUUUAUCCGUCCCUAUGUGGGAAAAUAUGCCCUUGGUGGCAAGGAACCCCUAGGCUGGGCUCUCGGAUACUUUUUUGGUGACCUGCCGGAGUUUAGAUAUCGUGUUGUUCGAGCUAAUCUGGAACGUUGGAUCUCUCUUCCACCAAGGACCGAGGCUUGGGGCGAAAAAGAAUGCGGCUUUGGUUGGGUACAACAUGUCCGCCACAACGACUUUGGCGAAGCCAACACACGGCUCUUCAUCAGCGGCUACUGGGUUGCGAUUCUUAUUGUUGGACUCGCAAUCGUGUUUCAGCUGAAAAAUACAUACGAGGUGGAUACAAGGCGGAAGGUAUUCCACUUUAUGAUGGUCGGCAUGCUUCUACCGGCGACUUUUAUAGAUCCUACGUUUGUUGCCUUGGCGCUAUCCAUCGUCUUGGCCAUCUUUUUGAUCCUGGAUUUAUUGAGAGCAAGCCAGCUACCCCCUCUCUCUAAGCCAAUAGCCUCUUUCCUGGCUCCAUAUGUCGACGGCAGAGACUUCCGCGGGCCUGUCGUGAUAUCUCACAUCUUUCUUCUGAUUGGGUGUGCCAUUCCUCUCUGGCUAUCACUCGGAUCCUUGCCACGGACCGGAUCGGAUUACCUGGCCGGCUGGGAGAUAUCUACUAGAGAAAUCAGUAUGAUCUCAGGGGUUAUUUGUGUUGGGCUAGGCGAUGCGGCAGCCUCGCUUAUUGGGCGCCGCUAUGGUCACCGCAAAUGGCUCUGGGGCGGCGGCAAAAGCCUUGAAGGGAGCUUAGCAUUCACAGCUGCCGUCUUUCUCGGCCUCACAGCUGCCAGCAUUUGGCUUCGCAUAGGGAAAUGGCCCAUGGCCGGUGAGGAUAUAAGCAUGGCGACUAGAGCUGGACAUGCCUUGGCGUGCUCUUCCAUGGCUAGUUUGACCGAGGCGGUCCUGACGGGAGGCAACGAUAACGUCAUUGUGCCAGUUAUUCUCUGGACAUGCGUAAAAGCGCUUGAGGUUUAA